AUGUUUUACAUUUUAUUGGGACUGGCAGUGGUAAUUUUUCUUUAUCGUGAAAUUUACCGUUCACUUUACUAUUGGGAAGAUAAAGGAAUCAAACAAGUGAGAUCAAUACCAAUUGUAGGAAAUUUUAUAUGGUCCAUAUUACAACGGACACCUUUUGCUGAAUCUUCUCAGUUAUAUUAUAAUGCUUUACCGAAUGAAAAAUGUAUUGGUAUUAUGGCAUUUAAUAAACCAACAUUAGUCAUACGUGAUAAAAAUUUAAUUAAACAGAUUGGUAUUAAAGAUUUUGAUAAUUUUACUGAUCAUCAAAAAUUGUUUUUUAAAGAAGGUUUUGAUCGAUUAUUUGACAGAAAUUUAUUCUCUUUAGACGGUCAACCAUGGCGUGAUAUGAGAGCAACCUUAAGUCCAGCAUUUACUGGUGCUAAAAUGCGUGGAAUGUUUCAAAUAAUCAACGAAUGUGGAGAACAAAUGGCAGCAUUUUACUUGAACGAAAUCAAAAAAUUAGGUGGUGAUUCAAAACACAUUGAAUUGGAAUUAAAAGAUUCAUUUACACGAUUCACUAAUGAUGUAAUUGCAACCUCGGCUUUUGGUGUUAAAUGUGAUUCGUUUAAAGAUAAAAAUAAUGAAUUUUACUCGAAUGGACGUAAUGCAACUCAAUUUCAAACAUGGCGAAUAGUUUUAGUUAAUUUUAUUCCAGCAGUUAUGAAGAUGUUAAACAUUUACACGAUACCAAUUUCCGUUUGUGAUUAUUUCCGGAACAUAGUAAAAGAAACAGUAACAGUUCGGGAACGUGAGAAUAUUGUUCGUCCGGAUAUGUUACACUUAUUAAUGCAAGCACAAAAGGGCACCUUAAAAACAGAAAACCAGAUUGAAGACAAUAAAGGAUUCGCUGCAGUAAAUGAAUCAACAAAUGCUCAUGGAAAAGCCAAACUCUUGGAUGACGAAGAUGUUGCAGCCCAAGCAUUUAUAUUCUUCUUAGCUGGAUUUGAAACAGUAUCGACAGCAAUGUGCUUUACAACUUAUGAAUUAGCAUUAAAUCCAGAUAUUCAACAACGAUGUUACGAAGAAAUUCAAGAAAUUGUCGAAUCAAAUGAUGGCAAACUAUCAUACGAUGUCAUACAAAAAAUUAAAUUUUUAGAUAUGGUAAUUUCUGAAUCACUUCGAAAAUGGCCACCAGCAAUUUUCACAGAUCGUGUUUGUACUAAACCAUAUACAUUCAAUGUUAAUGGUAAAGAUGUAUUGCUUGAGAAAGGAACAAACAUACAAUUCCCUAUUUAUGCGAUACAUCGUGAUCCACAAAAUUAUUCAAAUCCAGAGAAAUUUGAUCCAGAACGUUUUAGUGAUGAGAAUAAACAGAAUAUUGAUCCAAUGACAUAUUUACCAUUUGGUGUUGGACCCAGAAAUUGUAUUGGUUCAAGAUUUGCUUUAAUGGAAGUUAAAGUUGCUAUGUUUCAUUUAAUAAAAAAUUUUGAAAUAAUUCUCACAAACAAAUCAACAGUGCCUCCAAAACUAUCAACCUCAACAUCUGCUAUGGUAAUUGAAGGAGGAUUUAAUGUGGGAUUAAAACCGCGGCCAAUAAUUUAA